UGAUCCUUGCCACCCAAAGCCAAAUAUUUUUCUCUCGUCUAUCUCUCCUCCUUGUAACUUGGUGGUGCACAUUAGCAUCUGCCACCGCAGCCAAUAGUGCCGGUGCAGUGUGCACCCCUUCGCCUUCCUCCCCGUGGCUGAAAUGGGGAAGAGACCGCCAUCCUCUGAAGACAUGGAGAAGGGACGUGAAAAGGCUCGACCUUCCAUGCCUCCGCCACACUUAUGCCCCCCACCACCAAAGCCAUGGGUGCCGUGGCUUGUGCCGAUCAUAUUUGUGGCCAAUGUAGCCGUGUUCAUUUACACCAUGUACGUCAAUGACUGUCCAUCAAUCAACGAGAACAAGUGUAUUCUUCCUUCUUUGAAGAGGUUCUCUUUCCAACCCUUCAAAGAAAACCCUCUCCUUGGUCCUGCCGGACUCACUCUAAAAAAACUAGGAGCCCUUGAACGACAACGAGUGGUGGAAGAGGGCGAAGGAUGGCGCCUCUUGUCUUGCAUGUGGCUUCAUGCGGGAGUCGUUCACUUACUUGCCAAUAUGCUGAGCCUUUUAUUCAUAGGAAUCCGGCUUGAGCAGGAAUUUGGAUUUAUCAGAAUAGGACUCUUGUAUGUGCUUGCGGGAUUAGGUGGAAGUUUAGGAUCGACUAUGCAUCUUAUGAGAACCACAAGCCCGACUAUAUCAGUUGGUGCAUCCGGAGCACUUUUUGGAUUGUUGGGAGCCAUGCUUUCUGAGCUUCUAAUAAACUGGACAAUCUACGUAAAUAAGUGCACAGCGCUCCUGAUACUCAUUGUCGUCAUUGCCCUGAAUAUGGCUGUCGGGUUUCUACCUAAAGUGGACAAUUCAGCUCAUAUAGGAGGAUUCCUUGCAGGAUUUUUCCUUGGCUUUAUUAUUCUUGUUCGUCCUCAAUACGGUUAUAUACGCCGUAAGCAUCUUCCAUCAACCUAUGAUGGCAAACAUAAACCUAGGCACAAGGGCUAUCAAUAUGUGCUAGGGAUCGGUGCUCUUGUUAUCUUAAUUCUUGGAUACACAUAUGGCUUUGGUAAGCUAUAUGGUCUUAAGGCACUGAAAAAUCUGCCUUAAGUUCUAGAAAUCAAAUGAAUAUUCUUGAGAACUCAACUGCCUACUCAAGAAUUUCAGGGCUGUGAGAAAGACGUAAAUACCUACAUGGUAUCACCCCAAAUAUACUCAAAACAUACUUGCGGGUGUGCAUGCACACUCACUUGACCACAAAAAACAGGACCGACAAAGAGAUUUUAGCACGGGAGAGGAACAGAGUAUAAGCAAAGACAGCAGGGAGUCUUCUAGGAUAAGGAGGAGUAGAUGAAGACAAUGCUAUGUUUUAGUCAAGGUAGCAAUGUAGAUGAGUUCUGUAAUUUCUAUUUCAGAAUUUUUCUGCAUUUUGAUUAAACACCCCAAGCAUUGUUGAUGGAAGAUGAUUUAGUCUCCCAAUUCACAUGCACACUGUACUUCUAGAUGUCUUGUUAAAAUUAAACUAUAUAGUAAUCAACUUGAGAAUGUCAAUUAGACAA